GCUGCGGGAGCAGAGGGUACAGCGUUGGCCUUUGGAGGGAGCAGGAGGAGCGAUCCGCGUAGCCUUGUCCUCAGGCCUGAGGCCAUCCACCUGCCCAGCCGCUGUGUUCCAGGGACUUUUCCCUCCCCCGCAGUGCCUGACCUUGCGGCCACCAGAGAAUCUCCGGCCUGCCCAGUUUUUCCAGUUCUGAUCAAACACAGCCAUACCUCUGAGAAGUGGUUUCUGCAUAACAAUGUCUUCCAUUAAAAUUGAGUGUGUCUUGCCUGAGAACUGCCGGUGUGGUGAGUCUCCAGUAUGGGAGGAAGCAUCCAACUCCCUGCUCUUCGUAGACAUUCCUGCAAAACGGGUUUGCCGGUGGAAUUCACUCACCAAGCAAGUACAGCGAGUGACCAUGGAUGCCCCAGUCAGCUCGGUGGCCCUUCGCCAGAAGGGAGGCUAUGUCGCCACCAGCGGAACAAAGUUCUGUGCUUUGAACUGGGAAGAUGGGUCAACAGUAGUCCUGGCCCAGGUGGAUCAAGAUAAGAAAAAUAAUCGAUUCAAUGAUGGAAAAGUAGAUCCUGCUGGGAGAUACUUUGCUGGCACCAUGGCUGAGGAAACCGCCCCAGCAGUUCUUGAGCGACACCAGGGGGCGCUCUACUCCCUUUUUCCCAACCACCAUGUGAAGAAGUAUUUUGACCAGGUAGACAUCUCAAAUGGUUUGGAUUGGUCCCUGGACCACAAAAUCUUCUAUUACAUCGACAGCCUGUCCUACUCCGUGGAUGCCUUUGACUAUGACCUGCAGACAGGACAUAUCUCCAAGCGCAGAAGUGUUUACAAGCUGGAGAAAGAUGAGCACAUCCCAGACGGAAUGUGUAUUGAUGCAGAGGGGAAGCUGUGGGUGGCCUGUUACAAUGGAGGAAGAGUGAUCCGUCUAGAUCCUGCGACAGGGAAAAGACUUCAAACUGUGAAGUUGCCUGUUGAAAAAACAACUUCAUGCUGCUUUGGAGGAAAAGACUACUCUGAAAUGUAUGUGACCUGUGCCCGGGACGGAAUAGACCCUCAGGGUCUUCUGAAGCAGCCCGAAGCUGGCGGAGUUUUCAAGAUAACUGGCCUGGGGGUCAAAGGCCUCGCCCCCUAUGCCUAUGCAGGCUGAAGAACAGGUCUUCUUUCCUGCUGCAGGAGGCUUUGAAGACAACUGGAGAAUUCUGGAGCCUAAAAAAUUCAAUCUAAUUAGAAAAAAACUGGUUUACUUUUAACGUAUAAUUUUAGGGGUGCUAGAGAUUGAACCAGGGUCUACCACAUGCUAAGCAUAAGCUCUACCACAGAGCUACAACCCAACCUCAUUAAUUUAUAUUUUUCAAAGAACAUUUUUAAGAGGAUGGCAGGUGGUUUUGAUAAUAUACAUAAGGCCAUCUGUAAAAAGGUCUGUAAAGCCAACUGUAGUUACACACGCCUGUAAUCCCAGCACUCAGGAGGUGGAGGCAGGAGGAUUUUGGUGAGUUCAAGGCCAG